AUGGCUCAUAUUCCGAAGAAUGUCAUGAUUACUGGAGGUUGUGGCUUUAUUGGCUCGAACUUCGUCAACUACAUCCACGAUGCUUGGCCGACAUGCAACUUUGUGAAUGUGGACAAGCUCAUCUUGAACAGUGACACAUACAAUGUAACGAAAGAAGUUAGAGAAUCUCCAAGAUAUAAGCUUGUAAUAGCUGACAUCAAGAAUAGUCAAGCAAUAAUGAACGCACUCAAGGAAAACGAGAUUGACAGUGUCAUUCAUUUUGCUGCCGACUGCACAAGUACAAGAUGUUACAAUGAAACGAUUGAAGCUAUUGAAAACAAUGUGGUCUCGUUUAUUGCGUUUCUCGAAACGAUUCAUAAGUAUGGAGGAGUUAAGCGCUUUCUUCACAUCAGUACUGAUGAGGUAUAUGGAGACUCUGGACUUGGUGCUGAUGAGGAAGGAAAGACCGAGCAUUCACAACUUCUUCCAGGAAACCCUUAUGCCGCCACUAAGAUUGCUGGUGAAGCCUACGUGAAUGCGUUCAGAAACGAGCUUGGAUUGCCUAUUGUGACAGCUCGUAUGAACAACAUCUAUGGACCUAACCAGUGGGAUAUUAAGGUCGUUCCAAGAUUCAUUGAGAUUGCUAAAGUACGAGGAAACUAUACGAUUCAGGGAACAGGACAGCAACUAAGAUCUUGGCUUUUCGUUGAUGAUGCUAGUGAAGGCAUAUCAGCCGUGUUUCUUAAAGGCAAACUGGGAGAAACUUAUAAUCUUGGAACAUAUUAUGAGAAAAAUGUUGCUGACUUGGCUAGAUUCAUACAACAGGAAGUUGACAGACAAUUGGGUAGAGAACCGGUAGAGCCUAAAUAUGUUUCAAUUCCCGAUAGACCUUAUAACGAUUUGCGCUAUUUCAUCGAUAUAAGUAAAGCUGAGAAAGAGCUGGGGUGGAAGCCAAAAACUUCAUUUGAAGAAGGAAUGAGUCGUACAGUGGCAGAGGCUUUGCGGCCCAAAGAGAAUGUACGAAUGCAUGUUGCUAUAUAUGGAAAAGGAUAUGUUGGGCAAGCUUUCCAGCAAGCAUUGGAGACCAAGAAAAUUCCACAUACUUUUGCAAUGUGUAAAGUUGGAACAAGUUCGGACCAGGAGGUUGAAGAUGAAUUAGUUAAAUUGAAUGUCUCACAUGUCGUUUGUGUGACUGGGCGCACUCAUGGGCCGGGCUGUAACACAAUCGAAUAUCUAGAAGGCGGGCCUGACAGAGUUUUCGAAAACGUCAGAGACAACAUGUACAGUGCGACUGCUUUAGCCCACAUUUGUCGCAAACUAGGAAUCCAUUACACAUAUGUAGGCACAGGCUAUAUCUUUGCUUAUGACAAAGAACAUCCAAUAGGAGGCAAACCUUUUGCUGAUAAUGAUAUUCCAACUUUCUUCGGAAGUUCCUAUUCUGUUGUGAAGGGAGGGACUGAUAGACAAAUGAAAUUUUUCAAUCAGAAAGGAUGGGAAAGUAUCAACGCACGAAUCACCCUACCCCUCACAUACGACUUGGAUCAACCACGCAACCUCUUAUCCAAAAUAAUCAAAUACAAAGAACUCUUUGACAUACCGGUAUCGAUUUCAAUCCUUCCUGAUUGCUUCGAGGCUCUGAUUUCUCUGAUGGAAAGACGAUUCGGAGGUAAUCUGAACUUGGUCAACCCUGGACCAAUCAGUCUUUACGAGAUUGUAAAGAUCUAUAAAGAAGUUGUUGACUCGUCUGUGGAUCCUAUCGGUAUUGGAGCGGACACAGAGAAAGGAAGACAGCUCUUAGCUACAAAGGGGAACUGUGCACUAGAUACUACUCUGAUCAAGAACCUUACGGCAAUACCUUUGGCAUCGGAGAGUAUUCGUUCCAAUUUCGCAAUUCUAGCCAAAUCGAAGUAA